UGAUGGGUAAUUCUCCAUUCCUACCUUUCUGGAAGAAAGUUGCAAAAUGGUUGGACAUCUGAGAGGUCUGCCUAUACAUAUCCUAAAUCUGUGUUGUCUCAUGUGUUUGAUUUUUUGUGUUAUAACACAAGAAUUUUUAUAACUUGAUUUUUAAUUGUAUAUGUACAUUAUUGUACAAUCAUCGCACAAUAUUUUGUUGAAGUAUUGUCAUAAAACUAUAUUAUUAAGUAAUUUCAAGGAGUAAAAUAUAUGUUACGAUUGUGGACGAUAACCAACAAAUACGAAGUAAACAUUGCAUCCAACACAAAGUGCCAAAACGAAACGGUGGUUUUCAUACCCUCUCUUAUAACGCUGUGGAACACCUUGUGCAACUAUGGAUUACGAGAAUUAUUAUGAUAAAAAGCGUAAUGGAUAUAUAGUACAUUUCCCGAAUAAUAAGGGAAUCGAUGAAUCAAAGAUUCUGGAAAUGUUUUCUGCUUAUGGACCUGUUUCGUCUAUGUAUAGCAGCAGUGACACUUACGGUUUACAUUUUGUGAUAUAUGAAAAUGUAGAAGACGCCGUAAAAUGUAUAAAAGCCUUUAGAAACAGUAAAGAUAUUAAAAUAUUACCACAUAAACACAAAAUUAAAAAAAUUUCAAAUGAUAACAAGUGUAGACAGAAGAAAGAUGUUAAUAAUAUUUCAGUCACUUCGGAGUAUGAUGAUCAUAGUAGCUCCGUUAUAUCAAGUUCAUCUUUAAAACACCUAUUGCAUUUGAAACAAAUGACUAAAAUGAGAUUCUGCUCUUCAAUAUCUUCAGAAAUCUCUGAUCAGAGUUCCAGGAUAAUGGACACUUCGUUUCAUGAAGAUGAAGUUCUAGCUUGCAUUCAUAAUAAAGAAAGAAAGCUUAAUUCAGCUCAAGAAGUAAUUGUGGCUAACAUUGACCCCAGUACACGUAUAUCUGACAUAUUGUGUCUAUUUGAAAACUAUCAUCCAAUAUGCGCAUCCUUUAUAAUGCAAAUACCAAACACCGAAAUAAGAUUCUGUCGAACUUACUUUGCGACAAGUGCGGAAGCAUUAUCUGUGGAAAAGAAAUUUGAUAAAUAUUCCUUGCACGGGAAGAUUCUUAUUGUUCUGAAACCCGAAACGAUGACUAGGGAAGCUCUUUCUAUGUAAAAGUGCUCUAAUUCUGUAUUUAAUUUUUAUCAAUAAUUUGUAAUCCAAUAAUUUGUAAUCCAAAUCUUAUCAAUAAUUUUACAUCUGUUGGAUAGCAUUUACGUAUGUGUUAUUACGUACAUAUUACUAUGAUGAAUUUGACAACAAAUUGUAUAUAACAAUUACUGGCAGCAUAAGACCUAUUUCAUAUUGAAAAUAUAUAAAUAACAUUGUUAUGUCACUUGAAUGUUGUAUGUUGAACAUUAUUAUGUGCCUAUAAUUUAAAGAAAAUUGUUGCUAAAUUUGUUGCAACAUUCUAUACCACUCGUUAGAAUUUGUAAAGAUAAUAUAGGGAUCUUGAAAUAUUUGUAAA